AAUUCCUUUCUCCUAGUCCCAUUCAUAGUACGGAUUUCUUCCUUUUUUUCCCUCAGCAAAAAGUAAGCUAAAUGGAGAGAAGAAGAAACCAUACAGCACAAAAAACACCAAAGAUAGUCUUGUUAGUGACUACUAUUGCCCUACUUCUUCUCACAAUCAUCCCCAUAUGUUACCCUUUCCUAGGGUACCCAUUAUAUUUUUUGAAGAAUUAUUAUACCAAAUCAUCUCCCUCACCAUCACCAUCAUCAUUAUCGGUCUCUUCUGUACAUGACAUGCCUAGACAAGAAGAAUCUGUAGUGAGCCUCGCCGAUGAUGAUGAUGAGAAGUACUGUGACAUAUUUUCAGGGGAAUGGGUGCCGAACCCGGAGGCGCCGUAUUACACAAACUUGACAUGCUGGGCGAUCCAUGAGCACCAGAACUGCAUGAAGUAUGGAAGACCGGAUACCGAGUUCAUGAAAUGGAGGUGGAAACCGGAGGGGUGUGAGCUCCCGGUGUUCAACCCUGCUCAGUUCCUGGAAAUCCUCAGGGGGAAGUCUUUGGCCUUUGUAGGGGACUCCGUUGGAAGAAAUCAAAUGCAGUCAUUGAUUUGUCUCCUUUCCAGGGUGGAGUAUCCAAUAGAUGUUUCACCAACACCGGACGAGCAUUUCAAGAGGUGGAAUUACACAUCCUACAACUUCACUCUCGCCUUCUUUUGGACACCACACUUAGUCCGGAGCACCGAAGCUAACUCCAGAGGCCCCAGCAACACCGGUCUCUUCAACCUCUACCUGGACGAGUUUGAUCAAAACUGGACCACCCAAGUCGAAGAAUUCGACUACCUGAUCAUCUCCGCCGGCCACUGGUUCUUCCGGCCCUUAGUCUACUACGAGAGCCACCACAUCGUUGGGUGCCACUUCUGUCUCCUCGACAAUGUUACUGACCUCACAAUUUAUUAUGGCUAUAGGAAGGCAUUUCGGACUGCUUUUAAGGCGAUAAAUGAAAUAAAAAAUUUCAAGGGCAUAACGUUCCUCAGAACAUUUUCCCCGUCCCACUUCGAGAACGGGUUGUGGAACGAUGGAGGGAAUUGUCUUAGAACGGCGCCGUUUAAGAGCAACGAGACAACCCUGGAAGGUGCCAAUAUGGAGCUGUACAUGAUCCAGCUGGAGGAGUUUAGGGCAGCUGAAAGGGAAGGGAAGAAGAAUGGGAGGAAGUUCAGGGUGCUAGAUACGACGCAGGCGUCACUGCUGCGGCCAGACGGCCACCCUAGCACGUAUGGCCACUGGCCACAUGAAAAAGUGACAUUGUAUAAUGACUGUGUACAUUGGUGCUUGCCGGGGCCUGUUGAUACUUGGAAUGAUUUCUUGCUGGAGAUGUUGAAGAUGGAAGGAGUGAGGUCGAAACAGGAGAAGUUGUAUUCAAGUGACAGGAAAAUGAAGUUUAGAUAGAGAGAUAUGUAUUUUCUUCUUUGUUGUACCAUAAUGUGGUAGUAUUUCGUUCUCCAAUAUGACAAAUGUGCUCUAAAUGCAUGAAUUGUGUUGAGAAUAAAUGAUUCGAGAUUUC